AUGGAUAUUCAACACAAGAACACGCUAUCAAUUCGACAACCGGUCAAUAUUCCACGACCCUUAUGGGAACCUCGACCAUUGACAUCGGUCAUAACAACGACUAAACCAUCAUUAAAACAGCAUAGAUCAAUGAAGAAGAAAAGACGAAUCAAACGAUGUCACGGGCAACGAAAAUUACGACGUUUCAAAAAUAAAUGGCGUCGACGAGGAAUGAGCGAAGAAGAAAUAAAGAAAUUGACCGAUAAUUAUAAUCAAAAGAAAAAUGGAAUUUCAACCAAAGAAAUAUCGGACAAUAACAAUGAUCAACCAGAACAACCAACUACUACAACAAUGGAAAAUUUGCAAACAACAAAGAAAAAAUCGAAUAAACGUAAACGAAUGGUGACUUCCAUUAGUUCACGAUCGAUGACAGAACAAUUACCAAAGAAGAUAAAGAAGAAAAAUGUGAACAUCAAUCUGACUACAAUAAAGCCAAAUUAUCGGUUACCUAAAUAUUUAACAAAAGCACCCAAUUUACUUUUUCAAAAUCUACGUUUACAAUUGAAACAGAAGCUGAAUACAAAAAAACAACAAAGAUUUAUUCAUUGUCGACUUCAAUUGUUCGAUCAACAACAACGUCUAGAUAUUCAUCGAAAUUUAUGGCAAUCCUAUUUAACACUAGGAUCUGAACAUCAACUAUGGCCAGAUCAUGUAUACAAAAGGGUUAAAUCAAAUGAACAUACCUUAUGUCAACAACUUGUUCAACAUCGUUUAACGGAACUUCACGGACAAUAUGAUCAGUGUACAACAGAAUUACGUAUACAAUCUCUAUUAUGUCCAUCAACACUCUUACCAUUGGACAUCAUCGAUCACAAUCUUCGAGAAUUUGUUGAAUUGCAACAAAAGUAUUUCUUCAAUAAAAUAAAUUCUCGAUUGACACGAUAUAAGAAUAUCAUACAGGAAAAAGAAUUAUUUCAAACACUAUCCAACUAUAAUCUUAGUAUUUUACAAAAAAAUACGAUUGAUCAACUAGUACAGUUACGAGAAACACAAUUACAAGUUUUUGAAGAGUUUCUUCAAUUAGAAACACGAGUUUCAAUACAAUUUUUACCCGAGGAUUUUGAUAAUUUAGAAUAUUUUAUUACACCCAAUCUUUAUUCACCUCUCAUUCAAGAUUCAAUGGCUAUAGAAUUGAAACAACAACAAUAUAAAAUUAUACAAGAAGCAAAACGUACAUGGUUAAAUAUCUAUAUUGAUGCACAUGAAAUGAAAUAUCGAGAGUAUGAACAUCAAUAUCAACAAGAUUUAAAACAAUUCGAAUUCAUUAGUUCAGUUCAUAUCGAUACGACUGACAUAACUCUAUUCAAUUGCGUUCUUCUUUAUAUAAACCAUCGAGUAGAUAGAUUGAAACAAGAGAUUUAUUAUGAAAAAUUACCAAUUUACCGAAGAAAAUUCGUACGACUUCGUCAACAUUUAAUAUCAACAAAGAAAAACCUAGUGACGGUCGCUCCGACACUUAUUCUGGAUGUUAUUUGUCAUCCAUUUACUAUUGCUGAAUUAGCUUAUCUUUCAAGAAGUCCAACUUAUAUAAGACCCAAUCAAAGUGCACUUCGUCCAUUUGAACAACGAGAAAAACAAGUUGACAAAGAAGUCAAUGAUAUCAUGAACAAACUUAAGAAUUAUAUGGCUGAUUUCUAUGAUAGACGGCCAGGCUUACCAAAAACUUUAUUGAUGUAUAAAUUCUAUUCAGAACGUCUUCGAAUAUAUCUUCUUCGUCGUUAUAUGACACCCUUACCUUUGAUGGAUCACUUACGUGCACGGCGAGAAUUGAAACUAGUCAAAUCUAUUGGACGAAAAUUAAAGAAAUAUAAACUUAUUCUACGUGAAACAGACAAAAGUGGUGUACUUCAUAUUGGUCAUGCUCGUGAUUAUGAACGAAAAGCCAUUGAAUAUCGAGAAAAAACAGGUGCUUACGAAGAAUUAACAUCCAAUCCAUUGGAUGAAAUAUUUUAUCAAGUAAUUCAAUUAUUGAAUAAAUUACGUUCCACCAAGAAAAUAAGUGUAUCACAACACGUAAAGAUGAUGCCUAUUCGAAAUAAGAUAGAAGUAGCUUAUAUGUAUUUUCUUCCUAAACCACAUAAGAAAGGAACACCACUUCGACCGAUUAUAAAUACCAUCCAUGCAGCAACAACACAAAUUUCUAAAUAUUUAGAUCAAUUAAUUCGUCCAUUAUUUGAUCGAUAUGCUCGUCAUACGACGAUUGUGGAUGGUGUUGAUCUUCUUAAUCAACUUCAUAAAUAUAUUCAAAAUGGAUUUUUUAAUUCAUCCACUCUUUUUGUAGCGUUUGAUAUUACGAAUCUUUAUACUAUGCUACCACAAGAAGAAUCCUUAGCUAUACUUGCUGAAUUUCUUCAUGUACACCAUUGUGAAAUAAUCCAAGGAAUUUCAAUUGAUACUAUUGUCGACUUAGGUCGUAUUGUACUACAAGCUAAUGCUUUUGUUUAUGGUAAAAAAUUCUAUCGACAAAUUAUUGGUGGUGCUAUGGGAUCUGCAUUUACAUUAACUUUGGCAAAUAUUUUCAUGUGGAAAUGGGAACGACAAGCCAUUCUUUCAAAAUUACCUGCCCAUGAAUUUUAUGGCCGUUAUAUUGAUGAUAUCUUCUUUACUUGCAAUGAAUCUGAAACGAAAGUGAAGAAAUGGUUAGAAUCAGCAAAUCAAUUUCAUCCGAACAUUAAAUUAACCUAUACCAUCGCCAAGAAUGUUCCAUUUCUGGAUGUUCUUGUUCGUAAUCAGAAUGGUAUUCUUUUCUCAUCCGUCUAUCAUAAACCAGCAGCUGAACCAUCCCUUUUAUCAUUUUUAUCGGAUCAUCCUCGACAUGUCUUUCGAAAUGUAAUUCAAACUGCUUUGAUGAGAGCUAUACGACAUUCAUCGACAUUUGACGCUUUUAAUAUUGAACGACGUACUAUUCGUUUAACUCUAUUAUUAAAUGGGUAG